UGCCCCAGAUAAACGACUCAGACGAAAACAAAGUGAGGUUCGAGGAAAGAUGUGGCAUGGUCGCUUCAGUGGCAUGAAAUAUGCACCUCCCCUCCUUUGGGAACUGUGUUGACAGAGCCGUGGAAGAAGUUUUCGUGGGUCUCCUCAACUUGAAGAUGUUUGGCAGCGGCACCAAAAAGUGGUUUGUAAAGAAGCAGAAGAGGCAGCACCAGAGGUCUGGCAGGAGGCCAGGCACCAGGAAGAAGAAAAGAUGGGCGGCUAAGAUCCUCAAACAGCACCGACAACAUAUCCUGAGUGAGCUGGACGUCAGCACAGUACUUCCCUACCUGGUGUAUGACAAAGUUUUCUCACUGGGGGAGUACAAGGAAAUACUGGCACAGGAGUCCAGCAAGAAAAGGACAGAGAUAUUCUUGGACCAUCUGUCCUCAAAGGGGCCUGGUGCAUUCUGCUCAUUCUGCUCUGUUUUGGAGGAAGUGUGUCCCCACCUGCUGACCUCCUUUCUGCUGGAUGAAAAAGAUGGGGCCCCAGAACAGUGCAGGAGAGGGGGCUACCCUGUGGCGUCCAACAGUCCAGGAGAGCAACCUUUGUGCUCCCCUCCCAUGUACACCCCCCCUGAGUUUAACUCCAGGAUACACCCCAGCCCGACUGCUGGCUCCAUCACAGCAGCCUCCUCAGUGAGCACCAUUCAGGGCAAACCAUCACUCCGCCGCAUCAAGGGCCGCAUUCACAGGAGCAAGAGCCUGGACAGCAUUGAUCUCCUUGACUCCAAUAGUGCCGCAAUGGAGGAGACUGUCAUUUGGGAACAGCACACAGUAACACUACACAGGGCGCCAGGGUUUGGCUUCGGGAUAGCCAUAUCAGGAGGUCGGGAUAACCCUCAUUUUCAGAGUGGUGAGACCUCCAUUGUCAUCUCAGAUGUGCUGAAAGGAGGCCCAGCAGAAGGCCUACUGCAGGAAAAUGACAGAGUUGUAAUGGUUAAUGCUGUCUCCAUGGACAAUGUGGAGCACGCGUAUGCAGUUCAGCAACUUCGUAAAAGCGGGAAAAUUGCCAAAAUUACAAUCAGGCGUAAGCGGAAGGUGCAUGUCCCCAUGGGCCGCCUAGGGGAGAGGGAAACUAUGUCAGAGCAUGACGAGGAGGAGGACAGCUAUGAUGAAGAGAUAUACGAGACGCGGAGCGGACGUAGCGGCGCUUACAGUGGAGUGGGCGGGGCCAUGGGCAGGCGCAGCGGGCGAAGCAGCGGGCGAAGGGACCGCGAACGUGAACGCAGCGGCUCGCGAGAGAGAAGUCUCUCCCCGCGCUCUGACCGCCGCUCACACAACCUGCCCCCACGUCCUGCAAAGGUCACACUUGUCAAAUCCCGCAAAAAUGAAGCAGAAUAUGGCCUGCGCCUGGCCAGCCACAUCUUUGUCAAGGACAUUUCCCCUGAGAGCCUGGCAGCCAGGGACGGCAACAUCCAGGAAGGAGAUGUCGUUCUGAAGGUGAGGAAGAGGGAGACAAGAAGCCUAAUCAAUGGCACAGUGACAGAGAACCUCUCCUUGAUAGAUGCCAAGAAGCUCAUAGAAAGGUCAAAGGGCAAGCUAAAAAUGGUUGUUCAGAGGGAUGACAGGGCGACCCUGCUAAACAUCCCUGAUCUCGAUGACAGCAUUCCUUCAGCCAACGCCUCCGACAGAGACGACAUUUCAGAUAUCCAUUCUAUGGCAUCCGACCAAUCCAAUCGAUCACACGACAGACAUCGUAGCAGCCGGUCUCGCUCGCCAGACAGAAGAUCUGAACCCUCGGACCACUCCAGACACUCCCCCCCACAAAUCAGCAAUGGCAGCUGGAGAAUACCUCACAGAAGUCGUGAUGACGACCGCAUCUCGAAGCCGGCUUCAACGCCAGUCAAGCUACCAGAGGAGGUUCCUCUGCCCAAACCGAAGGAGUCGGCUAUUGCUAGAGAAGAGAAAACGCUCCCACCACUCCCAGAGCCCAAGCCGGUGUAUGCUCAGCCUGGACAGCCAGAUGUAGACCUGCCAGUCAGUCCCUCUGAUGCCCCCGUGCCAAGCGCUGCCCAUGAUGAUAGCAUCCUACGGCCAAGUAUGAAGCUGGUGAAGUUCAAGAAGGGGGAGAGUGUGGGGCUGCGCCUGGCUGGGGGGAAUGACGUGGGCAUCUUCGUAGCCGGAGUGCUUGAGGAUAGCCCAGCUGCUAAGGAGGGCCUGGAAGAGGGCGACCAAAUUCUCAGGGUAAAUAAUGUAGAUUUUGCAAACAUAAUCCGAGAGGAGGCGGUGCUGUUCCUUCUUGACCUUCCUAAGGGUGAAGAGGUCACCAUUCUGGCCCAGAAGAAGAAAGAUGUGUAUCGGCGGAUCGUGGAGUCGGAUGUUGGGGACUCCUUCUACAUUCGGACUCACUUUGAGUAUGAGAAGGAAUCUCCGUAUGGGUUAAGCUUUAACAAGGGUGAGGUGUUCCGUGUGGUGGACACCCUCUACAACGGGAAACUAGGCUCCUGGCUGGCUAUUCGCAUUGGCAAGAACCACCAAGAGGUGGAGAGGGGCAUCAUCCCCAACAAAAACAGAGCGGAACAGCUGUCCAGUGUGCAAUACACUCUCCCCAAAACAGCAGGAGGUGACAGGGCCGACUUCUGGAGGUUUCGUGGUCUUCGCAGCUCAAAGAGGAACCUGAGGAAGAGCAGAGAGGAUCUCUCUUCUCAGCCUGUCCAAACAAAGUUUCCGGCUUAUGAAAGAGUUGUACUGAGAGAGGCUGGUUUCCUGAGACCUGUGGUGAUAUUUGGGCCGAUUGCUGAUGUUGCUCGAGAAAAGCUCUCCAGAGAAGAGCCCGAUCUUUUUGAGCUAGCAAAGAGUGAACCAAGAGAUGCUGGAACAGACCAGCGUAGUUCAGGAAUCAUCCGUCUACACACCAUCAAGCAGAUCAUUGACAGAGACAAACAUGCUGUCCUGGACAUCACCCCGAAUGCUGUGGACAGGCUGAACUAUGCUCAGUGGUAUCCAAUUGUAGUCUUCCUAAAUCCUGAUACUAAGCAGGGUGUGAAGAACAUGAGGACCAGACUUUGUCCAGAGUCCAGGAAGAGUGCCAGGAAGCUCUACGAAAGAGCCAUCAAACUGAGGAAGAAUAAUCACCACCUGUUCACCACCACCAUCAACUUGAACAAUAUGAAUGACGGUUGGUAUGGAGCGCUGAAAGAAACAAUCCAGCAACAGCAGAACCAGUUGGUGUGGGUGUCAGAGGGCAAGGCGGAUGGCACGACAGAGGAUGACUUGGACAUCCACGACGACCGGCUGUCCUACCUGUCGGCGCCAGGUAGUGAAUACUCCAUGUAUAGCACGGACAGCCGCCACACUUCUGACUAUGAGGACACAGACACAGAGGGUGGAGCGUACACAGACCAGGAACUGGACGAGACUUUGAACGACGAGGUGGGUCUUCCCACGGAGCCCGCCAUCACCCGCUCUUCCGAGCCUGUGCGAGAAGACCCACCUGUGAUUCAGGACACCCCUGGUUACCCUGGAUAUCAGCAUCCUGUGCAGCCAGACCCAGCCAGUCGCAUAGACCCUGCUGGCUUCAAGAUGGCCGCUCAGCAACAGCAAGAUGAGGCUGCUCUGCCCAUGCCCUCGUUGCCUCCGACGGUGGUAGCGCCUCCUGCCGUUGAGCAGCCUGUACAUCUUGAGGGUAUGCACCUCGAGGAGCCGCCUGCUGCAGCCGCAGUUCCUCAGGCUGACUCACUUAGCAGCCCGAGCCCUGCCCCUGAGCUUAUUCAGCCCCCACCACCACCACCACAUGAACCCCACCCGUCUGGACCACCUGGUCCAGAACCAAAGAUGUACAAGAAAGAUCUGUACAAUAUGGAGGACCCUGUGCGAAUCAACCAUGGCCUGAAGCAGUCUUUGAGCUACAGUCACCAGCCGCCGUACCAGGACAAACAGCCAUACCGUGAAUAUGACCACCCGCCUUACGGAUACGAUGGAGGCGGCUACACAGAACCAAAGCCUCACAACACUGACUCACACCUGCACUACGACAACCGUGUGCCUCAUUACAACGAACAGUGGCCCCCCUAUGACCAGCAGACCUCAUCCUCCCAGCCCGCAGGGUACCAGCCGGGCCACCAGCAACCCAUGGGCUACAACCAACGAUCCCCCUAUGACGACGGACCAGGGAGGGACUACAGCCCCCCUCAGCCGCGCUACGAUGAGGCCCCACCACUGGGCUAUGAUGGCAGACGACGCCACAGUAAACCUGGGCCCAUUCGUUAUGAUGAACCCCCACCCCCACCCCCAGCUGGCUAUGAUGCCCGCUCUCCUUAUGAGGCAGAAUCUCACGGCUUUCCCAUUUAUUCACCUCGAUCGCCGGAGCCCCCAAAGCAGUAUUACAGUGACUCUGGUCUGAGGCCCACCUACAUUUCUGGGCCUCCAAACCGGAGUUUUAAGACAGGGAUGCAUGACACUAUGAUGAACUCUGAACCCACAAUCCCCCUCCCUAAACCAGAGACCCUGCAAUCUCCAGGUGAGCCAGCAAUCACUCCAGGCUCCAAACCCCUCCCUCCUCCACCGCGGGAAGACCUGGACGAGGACCCGGCCAUGAAACCGCAGUCGGUGCUGAACAGAGUCAAGAUGUUUGAGAAUAAACGGUCUGUCUCUAUGGACAGGGCUAAAGAAGGAGGAGAAUCAGCACUCAGGCCUGCAGAUGUUCCUAAACCUGUAAGUGCACCUGGCCCAGUCCUCAAAGCCAAUUCCCUCAGCAACCUGGAGCAAGAGAAAUCCACCUAUAGGGCCCCUGAGCCACAGAAGCCCCACUCUAAACCCCUGGAUGAUGUUGUGCGUUCCAACCACUAUGACCCAGAUGAGGAUGAGGAGUACUACAGGAAGCAGUUGUCCUACUUUGAUCGUCGUAGCUUUGACAGCAAGGCCAUGGGCCAACCCAGCCCUGGCAUGAACCGCUUCCACAAUCUGCCUAAACCAGCUCAACUAUCCUACCCAUACAACAGAGUUGAGUCUGUAGAGAAGGUUAGUCCAUCCUCCCAGUAUGGGCCCCCCACGUCUGCCAUCCCACCCAACACACUGCCCAAGCUCAGCCCCAAUGACGUGAACUCCAUACCCGAGCCGUUGAGUUCACCCAAUCCUAAACCCGAGCUCCCAGCACUCUGGCCGGCCAGCAGGGACGAACCGGCACCAGGUGGCUACCUGCCCCCGAGGGGCCUCCCCGACAAAUUCCCGGUCAACGGCACCGAUACGGCACCGCUAAAGACGCUGGGUGCUCCUGCUCCAACUAGCUAUAACCGCUACGUCCCCAAGCCGUACACAAGCUCGGCCCGGCCCUUUGAGCGCAAGUUUGAGAGCCCCAAGUUCAACCACAACCUGCUGCCCAACGACACACAGGUGAAGACGGACCUCCUCAGUAAGCCCACUGUGGUGAGCAACAGCGGUGGGAAGCCUCAGCUGUCCCCACAGCCCAUGGAUCACGACAGUGGCCUGGACACCUUCACACGCACUAUGGACAACAGGCCCAAAUACCAGCACAAUAACAUCAACGCCAUCCCCAAGGCCAUCCCUGUAAGCCCCAGCACGCUGGACGAUGACGAAGAGGAUGAAGGACACACAGUGGUGGCCACCGCCCGGGGGAUCUUCAACUGUAACGGAGGGGUCCUGAGCUCCAUCGAGACGGGUGUCAGCAUCAUCAUCCCGCAGGGUGCCAUCCCCGAGAGUGUGGAGCAGGAGAUUUACUUCAAGGUGUGCCGAGACAACAGCAUCCUGCCCCCCCUCGACAAGGAGAAAGGAGAAACGCUGCUUAGUCCGCUGGUGAUGUGUGGCCCCCAUGGACUCAAGUUCCUGAAGCCGGUGGAGCUGCGCUUACCUCACUGUGCGUCUAUGACCCCUGAUGGUUGGUCUUUUGCUCUAAAAUCCUCCGACUCCUCGUCGGGUGAUCCCAAAACCUGGCAGAACAAAUCUCUCCCCGGAGACCCAAACUACCUGGUGGGUGCAAACUGUGUGUCUGUGCUCAUUGACCACUUCUGAAGAGGGCAACAGCUGGCCUGUUACUGAAUGUGAUAAACAGGGGACCUCAGUUGCCCCUGCCGUACUCCCUCCACAUGGCGGGGUGCGCGAUGCUGGGUGAAGUAUGAACCUGAUACUCUCACGUUGUUUACUGUGCCCACAAUUUUAAAAAGAAAAAGAAAAACACACACACAAGGAGAGUCGGAGGAGUCCAGCAUCCCCAACGCUGUACUCUUGUUCUUUUCUUUCUUUUUUUCCGGUGCUUUCAAGGCUUGCAAAAAAUAAAGAUUAAACAUUUAAACAAAGGAACCGAAGUUGGAAUGCAUGACCAGUGCCACAGACUGAAUAAUAAUAAUAAUCCGUUUUGACAUUUUUAGCUAAUUUUGUAAAAGAUCAGAGCGGUGCAAGAAAAAAGCGAAUUUUGAAAACUCGUUUCAUCUUGCAAAUGGGAUUUUUGCGUACUGUAAAAAUAAAAAAUAAAAAUAAUAAACACUCACAAACAGCAAAGUUGGUAUAUGCAAAACUUUUGUUUGUGAGUUCUGUGGUCAUGCGUUUCACUCAUGAAGGAUCUCUGAGGACUUGAGAAAUGCUGAGCCCGACUCAUGAAGGAAGACGUAGACAUCGCAAAGAUGAAAAAAAUUAAUGGAGUAGUAUCAGACGCCCGUUUGUUCUACCGGGGCUCUUUCUGUUUAAAACUGAUGUUUUGUAGCAAUGUUUUACCGUAGAUAAAUAUACUGACUUGAUUUUACAAACUCCUGCUGUCUAGAGAUCUAUGCAUGUGCUAUGACUCAGGUCCAGAAGCCUGCUACUACUAAGUUCAACACAUGAAAAUCCCAUCGUACACUGCAAGCAGUGAUGCCUUAUCUGCAUAUUAACUUUUCAGUAAAACUUUAAAACAUCGGAUCCUUCAGUUAUAGCGAUCACUACGAUAGAAAACUACUCUGCAUUUUCUCAUGAACAGUGAACUUGGAUUUAGCACACGAGAAUAAUUGAGGCUGAUGAAAAGGUAUGCUUUCUUUUACUGCUAUGCAUAUGAAGUCUGAGGAAAUACAAAAAGCUAGAAGAUGUUUAAAUUGUGGCUGUACAUAUUGCUAGUAUAUGGCCUUGGUUCUCUGUAAAUGAACUUUUGUACAUCUUUGUUAUUUUGUAUAAAAGAGAAAACGUUUGUUUAAAAAGAGAAAGCAGUUACAUUGGUUAUGUUUGUAUUCUGGUUAUACCCCUGAGCCUUGGAACUGACAUAAGCAGUAAUAAGUCUGACUUUUCUACCAACAUCUACACACACUACUUAAGGCAUUUUUAACAGUCAGAAAACUUUUUAUUCUUAUUUACAAAAAUAGAGAAGUGCUUGGUUUAAAUGAUUUUAAAAGAUGUACUUGAGGGGGUCUGCUGUGAAGAGUGGUCCCUUCCUUUAUUUGUGAUACUGGAUGCUGUAUUGUGUGCCCUGAAAUGUAUUUUUGUACUAAUAGACAAUUUAUUAUGGCACAUCAGUACUAUUUUCUUUUGAUAUAACACUGCUUAAACCCAACACUAGUUUAUUUCCACGUGUGGCUGACAUUCGUUUAAUUUAUUUUGAUUUUUCUUGAGUUCAACUUAUUUUUUUUCCUUUGCGACACAUUUCUAAGUAUACCACUGUAUUAAUAAAUAUUCAUUUUUAAAGUAA